GGCUGCGAUGUGUGGCGAUGAUCGAGCGUUGCUUCGGUCUUUUAGGGUAUGAGGAUAUGUCUCGCGAUGUUUCUGGAACCCACGCGCACCAUUGACAAUGCGCAUUCGCAUGAUUACAGCGAGGAAGACGGUGCUGCGUCGUGCUCUUGCUUGGCUGAUUUGUCUGGGAAUCUUGCGCAGCAGUCAUGGUCAAGCCUUCACGAUCCCAGGAUUAUCCGAUCUUCCUGCACUUCCUGGACUUGCGACGGGGCUGGUUAAUUCGAUAACAAGCGGAACAAAACCUGGGAGUGUGAAACCAAUAGGAACAAGCGGUUUUGCCGUAGUGACGGUGAAUCCCUAUGGCUGCAAUGCUCCUGCAGUGCCGCUGCAGUCUUGGAACAUUGACCUUGCCCAGGUCUAUGUCCUUCGUGGCAUCUCUUUCGAUGCUCUUACAAUACCCACAGAAGGUGUCAACCUUGAGGUUCGCGCAGCAAAGACCACAGCAGAGCUUUCGACCUGGUCAGGCAGCAACCCGCUGUGCGUAGCCUUCAAACUGACACCCGACAAGUUCAACACCAUAGUCAACUGCACACAGCCAAUGGCUGCGCGCUACAUGACAAUCGCAGAUGUGGAUGGGGACAACCUGCCAGUGUGUGCCAUGAAUGCACUCGUUGGCAUCCCUGCCUCCCCCUCCUUUUCCCCUGCUGCUGUCCCAGCCAGUGCCCCAUCGGCAGGAGGUUCCUCCACCUGGUUCCCCCCUCUGGCGCCAGCAGGAGCGCAGCAGGCGCUGGCACCAGUGCAGGCCGGCGGUCGGCAGGGCUCUGCCGCGCGCGCGCCACAGGCCGGGCAGAUGACGCCAGCAGACGCGUCGCAGGGUCAGACACAGUGGGACACGCCCAACAGCCAGAACGGCCUGCCUCAGCUGGGGGACUCGAGCCGGCAAUGGAGGCCUGCAUACAGUGGUGGGGGCGGCGGGGGGACCUACGGACCCCCGGAAACACCGGAGGGGCCGGCGGUGGGCAGUGGGGGGUACACACUGGCCAAUGGCGUGCCCAUGCGGCCGCUAUUGCCGUCUGAGGGGUCUUCUUCUUCCCUCUCGUCGACUGUGUCUCAGGCAUCAUCAUCAGGUGAAGGGAGUGGAAUAGUUCUGACAAAUGGCGCCGUCAUUGGGAUCGCUGUGGGAGCAUUUGCGGUCAUUUCAAUCAUCAUCGGGGCAGUUACGUACCACAUCAUCAGGAAAGAGGAGGCAGAGCUUGUCAUGGGCAAGAAGAUGCCCUUGUGACAUGGGCGGGCCAGUCCUAGCUACCAAAGUCCGAUGUAUUUUUAAGGGCCUGUAGGUUUCAGUGAUCACAAGUGUUAAUGCACUCAUGAGCACAAGUGUUGAUUCACUGCAGUCCUCCAUUUUAAAGGAUACCUUGCAGAAGGGACUUUGUGCAGAAGACAUACUAGUGUGCCUU